AUGACCCUCCUCUCCGCCAGAAGAGCGCUACGAUACCGCAUCGCCCGAGCACUUGCAUUAAUCUUCAUCAGCUGGAGCCUGAUAGAACUCCACUUCAUUCAGCAACGAAUACGCGAAGCAGGGAGCAUCCAGCGCGAUAAGCCAGCACGAAAAGAGCGGAUAUACAUCGCAAGUGUGAAUUGGAAUAAUGAGCAGGUCCUGCGCAGCCACUGGAACAAGGCGCUCUACACUCUGGUUUCGGAGCUCGGGGCGGAAAAUGUUUUCGUCAGCAUAUACGAGAGUGGGAGCUACGAUAAUACAAAAGGGGCGUUGAGAGAGCUGGAUUGGCAAUUGGAUAAACUGGGGAUUCCGCGGAAUAUCACGCUCUCGCCGGUGACGCAUCAGGAUGAGAUUGCUGCGCCGGCGAAAGGGGAGGGUUGGAUUACAACGCCUAAGGGCAAUACACAGCUUAGGCGUAUACCGUAUCUUGCGAGGAUACGGAAUUUGAGCUUGUUGCCGCUGCAAGAUCUUGCGAGGAAGGGUAUCACUUUUGAUAAGAUCUUGUUUCUCAAUGAUGUUGUGUUUACUCCGGGUGAUGUCUUUGAACUUUUGGAUACUAACAAAGGCGACUAUGGGGCCGCUUGCUCGUUGGACUUUUCUAAGCCCCCUCAUUACUAUGACACAUUUGCUCUGCGGGAUAGCAAAGGACAUGAAGCUAUCAUGCAGACAUGGCCAUAUUUCAGCUCCCAGGCAUCUCGAUCUGCCAUGAAACACAUGGCACCGGUGCCAGUGACAAGUUGCUGGAAUGGCAUGGUCGCCAUGCCGGCGAAGCCGUUCAUUGAUCACCCGCCACUGCGAUUCCGGGGUAUCCCAGACUCACUAGCCCAACGCCAUCUCGAAGGCUCUGAGUGCUGUCUUAUUCACGCAGACAACCCGUUAUCGACAGAGAAGGGUGUCUUUCUCAACCCGCUCGUGAGAGUGGGGUAUAAUGGUGCUGCAUAUGCUGCAGUUCAUCCAAUUAUGGAUUGGCUUUCUGCAUGGAGGGUCUUUCAGGGUGUCUGGACCAAUCGACUCCGCCGGUUGGGUGACACAUCGUGGUUGAAAGCAAAGACGAUUCGCAGGCGGAUUGAUCGCUGGGAGGCCUUGGAUACUAAGCACCGAGAAGAUGGUCAAAUCUGCAUUAUUGAUGAGAUGCAGAUCCUCCAUCGAUAUGGUUGGAUUCAUGUCUAG